AAAAGUUCAAGCUUAGCUCAUGUACAAUUCACAUUAGUAGUAUGGACGGCAUAAAAUCCGCUGCACUAGUAGUAACGUUAACGUUAUGUAUAUUUCUGGCAUCACAAUGCGCCGGCAUGUGUCAAGAUUUAGACGUAAAGGCUUGUCAAACAAUGACGUCACAGGAUCAACACUUUUGUAAGGAUUCACCUAUGGCUAGUACAGUUUGUCCAAAGUUCUGCAAGAAAUGUCCACUGUUAUGUUACCACUGCGACAACACUGUUCGUAAUUAUACGGAUUGCACAUCAACACGCGAGUGUCAGGUGGGCGAGCAAUGUCUACUGCAUCAACUCGUCUCAUCCACGGACGGACACAGAGAGUACAAGAUGAACUGUGCCAGUCCUUACACAUGUGACGGCAUGGGUUUAAUGCAAACAGGACGUCGUGAUAUCAACGCACGUAAUCUUAUUACCCAAUGCUGCACAGAUGACUUGUGUAAUAACCCUGGAUACUUCAAGACAGCAACAUUAAAGCAGACGACGACGACACCAAAACAAGCGGUGACGACAUUAAAACAGACACUGGCGACAUCAACCAAGACGCCUUUAUCACUUACAGUUCCACACACGUCUAACUGCAAUAAAGACAUAGAAUUCAUGAUUGAAGACUCUAGACACACCUCUCAUUUAGAUGUCCGCAACUAUCUUAGAGAUAUUGUUAAUUAUCUAGAUAUAGGCGUCCAGCAAGCCAUGGUAGGCGUGGCCCUCUACGACCACGGGGUAGAUGAGAGAAUAACCCUUGGAAAUCACCCGCAGAAGUCAGAGCUUUUGCAUGCCAUACAUCACAUUCGCUUUGAAGGCGAUGAUAACGAUAUUGAUAAAGGUGAUGUACUGGAAUUUUUACAUGACGAACUUCAUGGUCGCCAUGGGGACAGGCCUAACUUUGAGAAUGUCAUUGUCAUCAUCGUGGACCAUUUCUCCCGCUUUGUUACUGCAAGGUUCUUAAACGAUGUUGACCGUUUGUCUUCACUCUCAAAAGAUAUCAUAGUUAUCAACGUCGGAGCCAACGGGGCAUAUUCUCCAUUUUCCAGUUUAGCUUCCGAUUCAAGUCACGUUAUUGAUGUACCAAGCUAUUCGGAUUUGUCGACAACUCUAAAAACCGUGCUUGACCUUAUUUGCACAUAAUCUGGCUGAAAAGAUUAAUGCCUUCCUAUUUUCUUUCAUCAAAAGUUUAAAAUACUAGUAGUUUAUUACAAACUCCUGAAAUAAAGCUGAUGAAAAAGAUGA